AUGAAGGUUAAAUAUCUUUAUAAUGAAGCAAGAAACACUUUUCUUGAGGAAGAAGCUGUUAAACCUGACCUCUGUGGAUGUAUUGUAGAUGCCUCUGUCAUUGAAUACCCAUUACUUCAGCAAUUUCUAGGUAAUAACCUAGAUCUUUUUACUUGGUAG